AAGGUAUUUAAGGGGUGCGUAGCAUAGAUUUAAAAAAAUCGUUGAAAGGAAAACGACGGUAAUCUACAUGUAACUGUUUCUGUAAAUGCGAUUUGCGUUGCGCAAUUCAACGUCAUUUGUGUACAGUCCAUCCUAUAAGUAUUCGUACUUUUCUAAGUCUAUCGAAGAAAUUUGCCUAAAUUAAAUAACAGGUUUAACGUUCACGAAUUAACUUUUCGUUUGCUAUGACAUAACUCGAGUCCCUGGUGGUUUUUAUUUUAUUUUUUAAAUUUUCAAAUUACACUUUUUUAGAAAGUUAUGAAUACACGUACAAGCCAGAGUACUUGGUUCAGCGAUUAUAAUUUGUAUUAUCAAAGGUCGAUACAAUUUGAUUUUCUGAAGCGCUCUAAGAAGCUUCGUCCUCUGCGCGUUGUAUUGGCACCACUAUAUUAUUUACUGAUACUACUUUCAACAAUACCGGUACCUGCUUUCGAGGAAUGCGAAACGUUAGAGGGAUUAAAGGCCGGGAAAAUCACAUGACAUAUUUGUGUCAGAUAAGAGUAGUCAUUAAUUAGUCGACUGGUUAUCAAUCGGCUCGAACAAUUAUCGUGGAUUUUGGUUUUCUGUCGAUACACACAGGAAUGUACCGUUGCGAGCUAAAUGUGAUAAGAUGUUAUACAAUCAGUCUGAUAAAUAUAAAGACAAGUUUGAUGUUUUCAAAUAAAUGAUUUAUUAUAAAUACGUACAUGAAAAACGAUAAAAUCUCGAUUCGAUGUGCGAACGGCAUAAUGUUAAUAAAAAUAAAAAUAAAAAAGGAAAAGUAAUUCAAGACACAAUAAUUUUGAUCAGAUCAUGGAUACGCUGUACCCCAAUCUGUACGAGAGAUUCAAAAGCGAGGGUCUAUGUCCGAUCUGCCUGAUGGAGAUGGAACUCGCGCCCCGUUACACCUGCGAAAAUCAGCACACGAUCUGCUACCGUUGCAAGCCCUAUUAUUACUCCUGUCCCACCUGCCUAUCGCCAUUUAGCGUGGAGAUGCCAGCUUCUCAUGUCAGUGCGUCUUACGUACCGCCACCCACUCAUUACCUGCCUCAUCCAUUUCCGCCGAAAUUCCACGACUACAAUCCGAGUGCACCGUCGGAUGAUUUUCUCGGCCAAGAGAGAACCAGGUAUCCACCUACGCCGCACGAGGAUCAGGAACCGAGGUCUUGCUCGUAUACUGAUCUAGGAUGCUGGGUGAAAGUACCGGAACACUUGGCAGAUCUGCACGAAUCUCGAUGUCAAUUUCGGCCUCACUUAGAGGAAGAGAGCCUUCCCACGGACGUGGCACAUAUACACGACGACUUGGUCGAGUGCAAACAUCGGAUCGUCGGCUGUAAAGUGAAGACGUCGCCCUGGAGAAUAGCCAUUCACGAGAAUUACUGCGCUUACAAGGCCCGUUUCGAGGCGAUCAGCGACAUCGCCGAGACGUUGGACCACGUAACCAUCACGGACGACUGCCACGGCGAUUCGGAGGAAUUGGUGGAGUGCAAGUUCAGAAAGUACGGCUGCAUGGUCAACAUGCCCAGAAGACGGAAACAUUUGCACCAGGAGAAGUGCAAUUAUAAAAAAUAUUAUCGAGAGGACGACGAUUCCGUCCACUCGUCCGAAAGCGAGUACGAACCUGACGAGCAAGUCGCUUGCAUAUGGGCCGAACAUGGCUGCAGAGUGAGACCCAAACGCAGUCGCGCGGAGCAACACCAAGAAAAGUGUAAUUACAGAAUGGAGGAAUGCACCUUCAAAGAUAAUGGAUGCUCCGCUGUGUUCCAUCCGUCCAGAAAGUACGCUCACGAGAGAACCUGCGAGUUCUGUGAUUAAAUUUUCACGUUUAAAUUAAAAUGCUUUCGAACGACGUGAAUUAUUGCAAGGAAUUAUUUCGUCGAUGUUCGCACGAAAUGAUAAAAAUAUACUGUCGGCUUAGAGGGCGAAAUAAAACUUUACGACCAGUGCUCGAGACCGGAACGAGUAUUAUGUCAAAGGCUUCUUUUUAGAAAAUUGUGAAUCAUGAGACGUGAAUAUGAAAGGAUUAUGCUGAUUUAUGAUUCGGAGUUAUAAUGUUCAGUUUACCGUUUCAUUCGUUAAAAUCACUCUACUUUAUUCGAAAAUAUUCAAAUUUGAAUAUUUUAUAGAUGUUUCACUGCCAGGAAUGAACUUUGAAUAUUAUUAUUCGAAUAUUAAAUGAAAAUGAAGUAUAAGAUAUUCUCGAAUAUUUAAAAUAUUAAUUAUUUUAAUUAUAUCUGUCAAAUAUUUGAAUCAUUGAGAUUUCCUAAUAUUUAAUCACAAACAAAAUCGAUGAGUUGUCUCAGCUAUGCACUCAUUAUCGACGAUAGUUUUGUAGCUAUUAGGGUGAACCAAAACUUCGUGCAUAUUUUAUGUUGUUUCAGUUUGUGCAAUUUUUAAAAGUCAUUAAGAAUACUUUGUAUGCAAGUGUUAUAUUUUGUAGCUUUUGAAAAGCUCUUUCAUAUUUAAUUACUAGCUACAUGAAUUUAUUGGUCGUUUAAUAUUUUUUCGUUUUAGUAAAAUUAUGAACGAUUUUGAGAUUCGAGUAGCAAAGAAAAUAUUAUAUUCAGUUGUCAAUGAUUCGAUUCAAUUUUCCAAGGUGUUACUAAAACGAAAAAAAAAAUAAACGAUCAAUAAAUUAAUGUAGCUAAUAAUUAAAUAUGAAAGAGCUUUUCAAAAGCUACUAAAUGACAUAUAAUACUUGCAUAUAAAGUAAUUUGAAAAGACUCAGACAACAUAAACAACGCACAAACUUUUGGUUCAACCUAAUAUCUACAUAGAAUAUCGAUGAAUAAACUGUGUAUUAAAAAUUAAUUCUCAACAUUGUUCAAUAUGUAUAUUGUAACUGGAAUAAGCGAUAAAUCGAUUUGCUUGCAUUGUUUGUGAAGUGCUCCCUUAAGCUUCCUAAGAUAUUAGAACUAAACGAGUCACACGUUCUCCUUCGAUGUUUACGAGGUGCUGUGAAAUAGUGUAGUGAUAUAUUUUUAAAUCCAAUAAAGUUCCUAGGGAAAUAAAAAUCUGCUGCUUUAGCUAAAACCCUUUUACCGCCUGGCGACGUCCAUAACCGUUCUUAUGGUUCAUAAUCGAAGCUUUAUUUAUGUGGAGCGUUUCGUAAUACGCGACGUGGCGUUCUUAAUCUUCCUGGCGCAUAACGGGAAGACGUACAAGCUGCCUUGGUACUUGGAAGUAUCGAUUCGCAUCCAGGCGCACAUUGUUCGCGAAGACAGUUCAAGCACAUUGAAUACCGCGCUAUUAAUUAAGUUACCAUUAAUUAGGUUACCAUGAAGAAAGUUUAUCCGAACCGUGCCCGAGCUAACCGUACCGAGUAAUUACGAAAUUAUUUCGGAAAUUGAUCUUAAAUCCACAUCCCUAAUUACAGUAUUCACGGAUAAAUUAUCGCAUUCUAACUUCCUCAGUUUGAAAUUUAAUGGUAUGGUAUUUAUUGGUAGAAUAUAUUUUGCGUACAUAUUUUUUAUAUGUUUUAUACAGUCGAUUCCACAAGUGUUCGUGCCUUUUAUGUCCACUGGAAAAACAUGUCCAAAAUGAACGACAGGUUUGAUGUUUUUAAAUGAAUGUUUCACUUAUUAUUUGGGUAUUAAUUGAAAAUGAAGUGUAAAGAGAACGACGAUGAAAGAUGAACUUAAUGAAAGAUGACCUGCAUACGACCCUUGAUUCACAGCCAACCCUAAUUUAAUACUUUACUGAUCGGUAGCCUAUUAAUCGUCUCUUUUCCAUGACAAGCAAUACUUUCUUAUUUAUUACUGAGAUAGUACGACCUCAUUGUACACUUCCAUUAUUACGCGAAUCAUGAAAUAUUAUACAAAUAAAAUUCAUAAAACGAUUGUAA